GAGGCAGGGAUGGAGGGGGCGUGGCUUCGCACUCCGUCCUGCAGGGGGCGCUGUGUGGCAGAGAGAGUCGCCAUGUCGGAGCAGCGAGGCGGAAGCGGCGUGCAGGCGGACCCGGCCCCGCUCUCCCGCGAGGAGAAGCUCCAGCUGCGGAAGGAGAAGAAGCAGCAGAAGAAGCAGCAGCAGCGCCGACAGAAGCAGGAGGAGGAAGGGGGGCAAGCCGCGCAUGCGCAGGAGCCCGGAGGCCAAGCCAGAAGCCCCCCAGGUCCCAAGGAUGAGCAGAGUGGGGCCAGGCCUCCCAGCGAAGACCCUCCUGGGGGCAAGAGCAAGGCAGAGCUGCGCGCCGAGCGCCGGGCCAAGCAGGAGGCGGAGCGGGCCCUGAAGCAGGCCAGGAAGCAGGCUGAGGGCCCCGGGGGCCCCCUCCCGCAGUCACAACAACAGCAGACCCAGCCCCAGAGCCCCUCCACGGGCGCCUCGGCCCCCAAGCCUCUGCGCCCGGCCACCGGAGAGGCCCAAACAGCUCCAGUGGUCAAGCGGGUCCCGGAGCAUGUGCAGGCCGAUGACCCUGCAGCCCAGAGGAGGCUGGCCAAGAAGCUGGAGCGCCAGCAGGUGCCUCUGCGACCAGAUUACGGCACCAAAGUCAGCCUCUUCUCCCACUUGCACCAAUACAGCCGGAAGGAGCUCCUGACGCAGCAGAUGAGCAUCCCUGCCUCCGCCAUCCACCCCGCGGUGGUGCGCCUCGGCCUGCAGUACUCCCAGGGCACCAUCAACGGCUCCAACGCCCGGUGCAUCGCCCUCCUGAGGGUCUUCAAACAGGUGAUCAAGGACUACUCCACGCCCCCCAAGGAGGAGAUCUCCAGGGACCUGGUGAACCGCCUGAAGCCCUACAUCAGCUUCCUGAACCAGUGCCGGCCCCUCUCGGCCAGCAUGGGCAACGCCAUCAAGUUCCUCAAGAAGGAGAUCUCGUCCCUUCCGGGGUCCCUGAGGGAGGAAGAGCAAAAGGCGCUUCUGCUGGAGGCCGUGGAGAAGUUCGAGCGUGAGAAGAUCGUCCUGGCUGCCCAGGCCAUCUGCAAGUCGGCCUUUGAGAAGAUCCACGACGGGGACGUCAUCCUGGUCUACGGCUGCUCCUCCUUGGUGAGCCGGACGCUGAGCCAUGCGUGGGCCGAGGGCCGGGCCUUCCGUGUGGUGGUGGUGGACAGCCGGCCGCGACUGGAGGGGCGGGAGACGCUGCGCCGCCUGGUCCGGCAGGGGGUCCGCUGCAGCUACGUCCUCAUCAACGCCAUCUCCUAUGUCUUGCCUGAGGUCUCCAAGGUGCUUCUGGGGGCGCACGCGCUGCUGGCCAACGGCUCCGUGAUGUCGCGGAUGGGCACCUCCCAGAUCGCCCUGCUCUCCAAGGCCCACAACGUCCCGGUCCUGGUCUGCUGCGAGACCUACAAGUUCUGCGACCGCGUCCAGACGGACUCCUUCGUCUCCAACGAACUCGACGACCCCGAUGACCUGAUUGAGACGCCCCGAGGGAGGGGCCCGCUGUGCGGCUGGAAGGAGAGCCCCGCCCUGCGCCUCCUGAACCUGGUCUACGAUGUGACUCCGCUGGAGCUGGUGGACCUGGUCAUCACCGACCUGGGGGUCAUCCCCUGCACCUCCGUCCCGGUCGUGCUGCGCGUCAAGAACGUGGAGCAGUAGUCAGGGGGAGGGAGGGAGGGAGGGAGGGGAAUAAACAUGCCUUUACUCACCACC